AGUUUCUCCAUAGAGUAUUUACUUUGAGUUAUGAUUUGCAUAUUUCAUUGCUAAUCAUUUUGCGGGCGUCUUCAUUUCUGUUAUGUAAACAGUGAUGUAAACAUGGGAGGCAACUGAUCCAAUUGAGCUGUGUACGUGCAGGGAAACGCUUUUUCAAACAACUUCAGUGGGCUCAAAUACGGCUUUUGUGCUUCAACGUAAAACGGCAGACAUGGAGCUCCAAAUAACAACCAUCGUAAUGGUGCUUGGGGUUCUUAGCUCUUUCGUGGGAGCUUCUACUGAAAUGUACAGCGACAUCUGCCCGCACUGCGGCCGUCUGCAAUCUAUUGGAGCACCGCCAGAUGGGAUUCUGGAAAUGCCUCCACCGCCUUUGCCGUCGUUUCUCAGCAACUGGGUAGUGGGUGCAAAUCAAAGUAACCAGUGCAGUCUGUGCCAUCUGCUGACUGAAGACAACCCCAACGGUUACGCAGAUUUUCUUCACCCCAUGGUGAAAGUCGACCAUUCUUGGGUCUCGACUGUGAUCCUCGUUGCUGUGUCCACGGGCGUGGUCACCUGCGCCAUGUUGCUGCUUGCUUGCAAAGGAAGACAGUGGAAAGUUCUCCCAGCUGCAGAGACACUACUGAAUCAGAAAGAAGCCAUAACAGCUCCAGCGACGCCACCAAGAAACAUUUUCCCAGCACAACGCCCCGAUGCUCCUGUCUCACACCGCUCCGAAGCAGACGGCCACGUUUAUGCAGAGCCAGACUUGUCCUACGAAAACUCGGGCUUUUUGGAAGGAGCCGAGGGGUACGGCGGUCCCCCCAGGGGCUUCUACGGUGCACUGAGGCACUUGGUGCCAAACGGUUACGAUCAUCUUGAUGGGCCACGUCCCCACAGGGGACGUCCCCUGCCCCCUGUGCCCUCCCUCAAACGCGCCAGUUAAAGUAGCAGAAGCAAACAAAUCUUUGAAGUGACACACGACAAUGAUUUGUAAAGAGCGAUAGCAUGAGAUAACCGUUCCAAGAGCGAUGCGUCUGGGAAACUCAUUUGAUCUCUCUUCACUUUUCAUGCAAUUUUUAUUAAAAAUUACAUUAAAAAUAAUUUUAUUUAUUUUAAUGUGAUUUUUAUUGUUUUUAAUUAAGAAUUACAUUAAAAUAAUUUUACUUAUUUUUAAUGUACUUUUGUUGAAUUUUUAUUUAGACAGAAGGAAAAUAUUUGAAUAUACAAGAAGUUAAUAGUGCAAAGUGACUAGGUAUAAAUAUUCCUAAGUGUUCGCUACUUCUUUCAAAUAACUUAAAAAUUUCUGUGUCAGUCUGUGUAGGUACAGUUGUCAGGAACCUAUUAUGUGUUCCAGAUUCAUGUUGAAACCAUCGUCUUAAGAUGAUUCUCAGAAAAGGAUACUGCACAAACCUGUUUUUGGAGAGUUUGCCUUUCCAUUUUCUGAGCUGCUCGAUGGCUUAAACAAAUGCCUCUUUCACGGAGUAACUAUCUGUGGUCUAUCAUGCUCGUGUAGCGUGGGGGACAUCAUGUAGCUGCUGUUUUUUCUCUGUAUUUAUUCCGCCUCUUCUACCUCUGGUAAGACUCGCAUAAGGUUACACAAAUCAUGUUUGUGUCAGACUAGUUCAGUUUGUUCCUGUUUUGAUGUUAGUGUGUAGCAAAUAGAUGUUUAAUAGAAUUAUGUAGAAAAAAAAUUGCUGUGAGUGGCAAGUAUAGUGGCAAAACCCAGUACGAAGUUAACAAAGAGCCUGAGCCCCGGAAAUCCUGGGUGAAUAAUUUGAUGCUGUAUUGUAUAAUUUAAUGCUGAAUUUAAUGCUGUGACGUUCGUUCCAAGGGCACAUUUUUAACCAGUAUGAGUAGUGAUAGUAUAUAUUCAGUGCUAACAUACAGCAUUAAUCAUAUGAUCUGAUUUGUACAUGUACAUGUUGAUGCUGUUUUUGCAGAGACGGUCAGUCUCUCAGUGCUGUUUUAUGUUGUACAGCUAAAUUUGACAGGAAAUGUGCUCAUUUGCACAUGUGCUCAGCCUAGUUUUUGUUCCUGUAACAUAAGUUUUUUGUUGGACAGUUUGUCCUUUCAAGUGACCUCAGUUUGUUUAUUUAGCGACUGUACAGGGUGUCCAAGCUAACAUGCACGGGGGUAAAUCAAAGAGUGAUAUUAAAUGGUAGGAGCAAUCUUCAUGCACAGGGGUCUAAGAAAAACACGGUGCACCAUAAGUGAAUGAAAACUGCAGAAUAUUGUGAGGAGUCGCGGGUUCUAAUCGCCUACACUUUUCCUUGGUGUCUGAUUAAUAAAUUAAGUGCAAUUAACGAGCCAUCUUUUUAAUUAUUCGUCUUAGGGCCGAGAUGUGAAUUGGAAAGUUCCUGUGUCAAGAAGCACCCGUCGCAACUGAACGCGAGGCCCUAAGACGAAUAAUUAAAAAGUUUGCUAAUUAAUUGGCCUAGUUAAUUAAUCUAACUAAUUUUUCACUCGCUUAUGACGCACCAUGUUUUUUUUUACACCGGUGCACGUUAGCUUGGACACCCUGUAUAGCUGACUGCAUUUAUUUUGUACAUUCAUACACGUCCUCUUAUACUGUGCUUUUGCAGUUUUUACACACUGUAAUGUCUUGACAGCCUUAGUAUUAUGCUGAUGUGGUACUAGUCAUAUGUUUUGUUUAAGAAAAAUAUAUGCAAAAGCAUACCGUG